CACAGGCACUAUUCUGGAUAUAAACAAGGUGAUCCAGGAUAUGGGGCAAAGUCCCUGGCUGAACUAGAGAACCAGCGCAAUAAUGAUCAGCAAGGAGGCACUCAUGGUCAAUCUGGACAGCUCUAUUCAACAUCUCCUGCCAGGAAGGGAGACUCGUCACUCAGUGGGCAGAAGGGAAGCGAUACCUCUGGUCAGGACUACGAGAUCUGUCCUUAUGCAACAUUCAGCCUGCCUGGUGGUGGGGGUGGUAUCAACAACACUCAGACAAUGGACUACUCAAUGCAGUUCCAGACAUUUAGUCAACAGGAAUGUUACGCAGGUCAGCCACGACCCAGCACAUCUGGGUAUGGUGGCAGCAAGACCAACAAGGACUACUAUUCACGUGUUCGAUCAAAGUCCAGCAGCACAUCACAUGCAGCAACAGAUGGCAAGAUCCCAAGGACCUCUAAGAGCCCCCCAGAUGGCCUUAGUCUUGAGAUCUCAUGCAUCUCAAGCCAGCAGACACUGCCUGUAUCUGUGGCUGCAGCAUCAAGCUCAAGUAGUCACCACCGUCGCAACAAGUCACCACGAGGACAUCGUGGGCAUAGUCACGACCACCAGCACCAAGAGAGCCAAAGCAGCAGCAGUGGUGUGGGUUUUGGGCGAUCACGUAGCUGCUCAAUGGGGACAGACCAUGAACGGGAUAGAGAACGGUCAGGCUCAGACAGCAGUGCAGGUGGUGCGGGAAGUCCAAGGAGGAGUGAGCCUAAGGCAAUUUCGUCCCAGUAUAGACUUCCUACUGCCAACCAUAGAACCACCAAGACACCACAGCAUGAUUCAGUAUUUGAAUUGGAUUCCAGCACAGAAUCAGCAGAAGCUUCACCUGAAGUGAACCAUAGAGUGCGACGCAGUGGUGUGAUGGCGCGGAGAGGGACGCCAUCCAGACAGAACACUAGAGGCAGUAUAGUGUGUCAGGAGGUGGUUCCUCUGCAACCUCCAUCUGGCUUCUCAGACGGACAGGAGCUGUCUGAGGCUGAAUGUGAUCGUGAAGCAGCAUCUGGUCGGAAUAAUGUUGCUGCCCUUCCUCUGUUCCGCCAUGAGGAGCUAGAACAGGAACUAUCCACUCUUGUCAAAAGGUAUCGACAGGAACGAGACAGGGAAAAGCAGGACUACACUAUCCAUGUGUGAGGGAAUCUGAAGAAUACUAUCAAUGAUUGUUAACAAGUGCCACUUUUAAACCAACAGGUUUAGUUUUUGUUCAUCAGAGUUAUGAAUGCAGUAUUUGUUUAAAAAAGUAUACAUUCUACCAAAUCUUGAACACUCGAUGCAAGGGACAUACAAUUCAUUCUGAAAGAAGUGAUUACUGAUUAAACAGAGCACAAGAUACAACAUUCUGAGAGCCAAGAAGCAAACAUUACCUCCUUGAAAGUGUGUAAUUGUUAAAUGAUAACAUCUGUCACCCCAGCUCUGUCACUUAUCCUAAAUCUGCUUUCGAUAUGGUGGCGCCUUCUCUUUGAAGUGUAGUAUACAGGAAUGUGAAUAUCAUGACCAGUUUCUGCAUAAGUCAACAUAGAAGACACCACAAAUGUAAAAUGUAAUGCUGUACUUCAGAAAAUUCAGUAAUUUGAAAGUUCAAAAUAAUGUUAUACAUUCAAAACAUGUAAGAAUAUGAUACUGGACAAUUCAGACAGUGACAAAGGGAUAGCUUUAUUAAGAAUAAAUCUUGGUGUAAUAUAAUACUUCUUUCCAAGGUAUUACAGUUUCAUUUCUGAAAUGUUUAUCUAAGUACUGGUUACAUUCUAGUAAAUUGUGUUCACAUAUAUUUAAUAUAUAAUUUCAGUAAUUUGGAACUAGUAAAAACAAAUGUUUUAUAGUGUUAUAUCCUCUAACUUUUACAGAUGACACAUUUUAUUUACUUCUUACUUAAUGAAAUGAACAUAAAAGUUUAUUUAAAUGUUCAGGGGUUGCCAAUAUAAUAUUUAAUAAAAAUCCAUUUCUUGAGA